GCGCGGCGCGUCGCGCCGCAGCAGCAGGGGCCCGGCUGGCGGCGGCGGCGGCGGCAGCAUUGCGAGCGGCGGCAGCGGGGGCACGCCUGUGUCACCCUUUGCGCUGCUGUCGGGUCAUGGCGAGUUCUGGGAGGAGGAGCUGCUGAUCGUCCCCUGCGGCGGGUGGUAGCUGCCGCGCAGCUGCCAGCCGGCUCUCCC